UUUUUUUUUAAUUUUCCCAUCUCAUCAAAGCUCUCUCUUUCUUUCUCUGUUAUUAUUAUUAUUUUUCUCAUUUUAUUUGCAUGCUUCAAAAACCACACCCAAAAAUAAUAUACUACUGCAACUAACUUUGCCUGUUCAUGAAAUUUUAUUGCAUGUUAGACGACCCAUUAUCUCUUUUAUCAUUCACUUCUGAUUUCUCUGUCACUUUGCUAGUGGGUUUCUUCAGUUUGGAUUUGAUUUGGGUUCGUGUAAGCUUUGAUGGGUCCUAUAAGGGGAUACAAAAAGAGGAGAAAAACAGAUAAAAGGACCGAAGAGAAUGCUUCUGCUUCAGCUUCUGGGUCUGCAGAGAAGGAACGGUCUGUGGAUUGGUGGGAUGAAUUCUCCAAGAGCAUUAAUGGUCUUCAAUCUCCAUCAAAGAGUUUGGACAGGUUUGAACAAGUUUUCAGGAUUACCAGGAAAACUUUUAAUUACAUAUGUUCACUUGUGAAGGAAGAUAUGACGGCAAAAUCAAGGGAUUUUACGUUUCUAAAUGGCAAGGUUUUGUCUUUGCAUGAUCAGGUAGCUGUAGCUUUAAGAAGGCUGAGUUCCGGUGAUUCACUAGUGACAGUUGCUGAUUCAUUUGGUUUGAACCACUCAACUGUCUCCCAAGUAACCUGGCGUUUUGUCGAGGCCCUGGAAGAAAAGGGGCUUCAACACCUAAAGUGGCCUUCAACUGAAUCAGAAAUGACACAAAUAAAAUCCAAGUUCGAAAAAAUACAAGGCCUCCCUAAUUGUUGUGGUGUAGUUGAAACCACUCACAUUAUGAUGCUGCUGUCUUCCUCAGAUCCUUUAAGUAAUGUGUGGCUCGAUCAUGAGAAGAAUCACAGCAUGGUCUUGCAUGCAGUUGUAGACCCCGAGAUGAGAUUCCUAGACAUAGUCGCCGGAUGGCCGGGAAAAAUGCAAGACUCGACAGUGUUUCAAAGUUCGAACUUCCAUAAACUUUGUGAAAGAGGAGAAAGGUUGAAUGGGAAAAAACUAGAGCUCUCUGAAGGAUCAGAAAUAAGGGAAUAUAUCAUUGGAGAUGCAGGAUUCCCUCUACUUCCAUAUCUUAUUGUUCCAUACAAGGCGAAAGAACUCUCAGAAGCAGAAGCCGAGUUCAAUAAACGACAUUCUGCAACUCAGAUGGUAGCCAACCGAGCUUUGGCGAGGCUGAAGGAGAUGUGGAGGAUCAUCCAUGGAGUGAUGUGGAGACCUGACAAACAUAGGUUGCCGAGGAUUAUCCUAGUCUGCUGCUUGCUCCAUAACAUAAUCAUUGAUCUGGAAGAUGAGGCGCAGAGUGAUAUUCCGUUGUCUGACAAGCAUGAUCCAGACUAUCAGCAACAGAUUUGUGAAUCUGUCGACGUAAAAGGUGUGUAUCUGAGGGACAAGCUGUCUUCAUACUUAUCAGGAAAAUUGCCUUGAUGAACAUUUUAUAUUUUGAAGAGUUUGGUUGGCCACCAAAGGAGUUAGUUUUAACUGUUGGAGAGUGUUUCUGAGAUAUGAUCAUCAGUGCAGGCUAUUAAAGAUGCAGUCAGCUUCCUUUUCUUUUUAUUAUUUUUUAAAAGAGUAAUAUUUUUAUUAUUAUUGUUUUUUGAAAUUGUAAAUAGCCAAAGCUAAAAUGGUGGAUUAUUGGCAUUGUUCAUGAAAAUGGCUGGGACAACUCUCUGAGAGACAUUCAUUACAAAGAUAGAACAUAAGUUGCUCACAGGAGUUUCUACUUUCUCUGACUCCUACAGGCUUUGGUAAUUUCUCCAGAAUAGAACAUCAUCUUUCUGGUUUUAU